GAGGAUCAACACCAGAACCAUGAAGCCUCGACUAGCGUUGACGAGCAUGUUGCCUACCGCGGCUUCACAGAAGAUCAAAAGAAGAGCGUUGCCCAGAUCACCACUGCCAGCCCAGCCGUACAAAGUCGCGAUGUUGCCCGCAUCAUUCGCAGCCAGUAUCCCGAAGCUGUAUUUACCAACAAGGACCUCGAGAACCUCCGCGCGCACCAGAAGAAAGAAGCCCGCGAUGGCUACACCCCUACCCAGUCAGUUAUCCGAAGCUUUGAAGAGGAGGGUAUCAAGCAUGAAGUGCUAUACGAUUCUGAUGGCUCUGGUCGUAUCGUUGGUCUU